AUGUGGCAUAUGAAAACCGUAUUUAUCCCUGUGGUCGUUGGUGCACUUGGUACAGUAACAAAGAAGAUGGUAGAAAACAUCAAGAAAGUAUCAGAGACAGCUACUGUGACAGAGAUUCAAAAGAUCUGCAUGCUGGGAUCUGCGCCAAUCCACAGAAAGGUGCUUAGUGUAUGAAAAGAAUGAUUGACUUGAGUGACUGAUGCUCCAGGUGUAAGGUUUGCGUCCGGCUGACGCACAAAAAGAAUAGCAGUAAAGACCGUGAAAGAAGAGACAACAAUAAUAAUAUUAGCUAUUAUUUAGGAGCGGGCGGCUGUACUGAAGUGAGAUAUCUUUGGUCAUUGUCUGUCUAAGAGUUUUUUUAGAGUAAAAUACUAUGUACAAAGUUUUCGCUUUUUGCGUAAUUUGCUAUUAAGCACUUUUUGAAGAAAAAGCAUAUAUUUUUUUAUAUCGUGGAGCCCUGUUAUGAAGUUGCUGUUGAGUGGUGUCUCAAAAGAAAGGUAAAAUAGAGUAAAACUGCCUGAGAUACAUUGUAUUUGGGAUUCCAUGGAUACAUCCUUGCCCUUUUGCCUGUAAUGACCCAAAAAAUCCAAACACCGUCUAUUCAUAUGAAAAGUUAUUAUACCUAGUUCCUUUCUUUUCAGUUUUUGAAAAAGUAGGUAUCGAAAGUGAAUUGCCUGACUUAUUGA